AUGAGCAACGUCAGCGCUUGUUUACCUUCCCCCCCUCCUCCACCACGACUUCCCUGCACCCUUUCCUCUUUUCCUUCCCCCCUCCACGUUACUACACUUCCGCCUUACCCUGGCGCUGCCCAUCUGCGGUGGUCUGACAGAUGCAUGGCGGCCUGGAGCCAAGCCAAGGGAUCGGAGGAAUCCAAGGACUCGUCCAGGCAGCAGCAGCAGCAACCGAAGUGCUGGCUGCAGCUGGAUGCUGACGUGGACUGCAGCAGGGAGUCGGCUCCGAACAGAACAGCAGCAGCAGCUCUGAACCGCAAAGGUGCAGCGAAGCUACGUGCAGCAGGUGGAGCAGAUAUGAGCCGAGGCGAGGUGGCGGUGGGAGAACAGACAGGAAGAAGCGAGGCGAGAGGGUCGAGUGGAGAACGGGGGCAGAGGGAAGAAGCAGGUGGAGGUGGGGUAUAUUCCCUUCUCUCUGCAACCUCCGUUUCCCACCCACCCCCAACCUCCGUGUCUCUCGCCUCCCUUCCCCGUUCACUCUCCCCCAUCCCCACCUUUCCUUCCCUCGUGUUUCUCCCCUCCACUAUUGCGUCUCAUUCCUGUUCGCUAUCCCCCUUUCCCCGGAACCCCGGUGCCCACGAGUUCCUCUGCUCGCUGCUCCACUGCCUUCGCUUCGAAGCCACCACCAUCGCUGGUGCUGCCACCUCUCCCACCAAUCCCUCACACCCUGGGCCCCACUGCGGACGAAGCCAAGGUGAGUUGAGAAGGUGGUUGCAGCCAAGCUCCGCUGCUUCUCCACAACAUCCCUCCCUCGUCCCCCCCCUUUCCUCCCCAGCUCCGCACCUGUUUCUCGCACUUAGACUUCUGCCCCACACGUUUGCGACCCUACUGCACAAUCUCCCUCCCACAUGCCUCUCGUACACCACACCACAGUUACUUUUUUCUCUUUCCCCCCCGCCCCUCCUCCCUUCCAGCUCUGCAGCGCACCUGCUUCUCCUACACCCAUGUUUGGGCCACAGUUUUGCGUCCACACAUAGUCACCCACGUCUGCCCCGCUGCACAGGCUCGCCCCCCACAGUGCAGUUGUGCAUAGUGCAGCCACUGCCAUCCAUCCCCUGCCGUCUCUACGUUCACACACCGAUCACUCUACCAGCGCAUCAUUCGGGGGCGCUACAGCAUGCAUGUCUCCUCAUUCCCCUCUUCUCCAUGAUUUCCCCAACCCGCCCCCCCCCCUACCCACCCUAA